AUGGCCGGAAUCAAACGCAAGGAAGCACCCAAGGCUGUCGCUGCCGUAGAAAAGAAGCAGAAACUGGCCUCGACAGGCUCGAUCAAGAAGAAGGCCGCCCCAAUUCAAGAAGCCACGCCCGAAUCCGACGAGUCGAGCGACGACGACGACGACGACGAUGAGCUGGACGGAGAGGACGAUGCCAUGUCUGGUGUGGAACUAGAGGGCGGAAACAGCGAGUCGGACGACAAGAAGAUCAGAAGUACGUCGGGGACAAGAGCGAGCAGACAAAGACACUCGGCUGACACAACCCGCAGCNNUGGUCAAUCGUCAGCAGAAGCACAUGCUGCUCAGCGUGCUCUGGCAAAGGAGCGCAAAGCCGCCAAACCCAACGCAGACAUCAUCGGCCGCAGCAAGAAGAUCUGGGAGAGACUGCGCAGAAAGUCACAUGUGCCUACCGAGGAGCGCAAGGCUCUGGUCGGCGAGCUGUUCGAAAUCAUCACUGGCAGAGUGCGCGACUUUGUCUUCAAGCACGACAGCGUGCGCGUCAUCCAAUGCGCCCUCAAAUACGCCAACAUGCAACAAAGGAAGCAAAUCGUUACUGAGCUCCGUGCCGACAUGCGCGAGCUGGCCGAGUCCAAGUACGGAAAGUUCUUGGUCGCCAAGAUGGUCGUCGAANNGGGUUUGUGUGGUCCUCUUUCCUCACAUCUUUCUGCACUAACAUGA